AUGAAUAUAGGCUCCUCAGUAGCACAACGGGCUGUAACGGCCUCUGCUGCACCUCAGUCUUCUACUACCGCCGUUGCGCCGUCUUCUUCUUCCACUACAUCUUCUUCCUCCUCGGCACCCGAUCUGCCAUCCAGACCCAGCGCGCUGAACGCCGUUGUCAACCAGACAGCCUCUACCUACUCCCCCUAUGGCGCAUCGAGACUAGGCACGUCACCUUAUACUGGUGGGUACAACAACUAUUCAUCGCCUUAUUCACGGUUUGGGGCGAUGGGAGGCAUGGGCUCGAUGUACGGCGGCUACGGCGGAAUGGGAGGGAUGUAUGGCAGUUAUGGUGGAAUGGGAGGAAUGUAUGGAGGAAUGCAGAACGGGGACCCCAACAGCUUGACGCAUUCAUUCAACCAGAGCACACAGGCGACGUUCCAGAUGAUCGAGAGCAUCGUUGGUGCGUUUGGUGGGUUUGCGCAGAUGUUGGAGAGCACCUACAUGGCCACACAUAGCUCAUUCUUUGCUAUGGUAUCUGUUGCAGAGCAGUUUGGGACACUGAAGAACACGCUUGGUUCUGUCCUGGGUAUCUUCACACUCCUGCGAUGGCUGCGGACACUGCUUGCCAAAUUGACCGGCAGACCGCCCCCGGCUGAUGCAACCGCCUUGACCCCAUCUGCCUUCUCUGCGUUCACCGGCAAUAAUGGAGGCCUUCCCGACGGCUCCGGUCGCCCCAAGCCAUCCAAGAAACCCUUCUUCUUCUUCCUUGCUGCAGUCUUCGGCCUCCCCUAUCUCAUGUCAAAGCUCAUCCGCGUCCUGGCUCGGUCACAAGAACAGGAAGCAAAACGACAACAGGAACUCCUCAACGAAGCCCAGCAGCAGGGAUCCAUUGACCCGUCCAAGCUCGACUUCUGCCGAGUGCUAUACGACUACUCGCCCGAUACACAGACCACGGGUGGAAUCGACCUCGCAGUGAAAAAGGGCGAUCUUGUUGCGGUACUGAGCAAGUCGGACCCAAUGGGAAACCCAUCCGAAUGGUGGAGGUGCAGGAGCCGUGAUGGCUCCGUCGGAUACCUGCCAAGCCCCUAUCUCGAGGCCAUUCAACGCAGGCCACAGCAGCAAACAAUCACGGCUGGAGCCGCCAGCAGCACGAGCAGCGCCCCGGCUACGAGGACGAGCACCCUGGUUGGCAACGCUGCCGAGUCGCGAACGAAGAGCCUGACUGCAUUGAAGCAGGGUCCAGAACCCGUCAAGGGAAAGCCAACUGACAUCUCGCUGGAGAACUUCCAGAAGUCCACUUUCUACUCCUAA